GCACAGCGUUAGUAACGCUGCAUUCCUGAGAUCUUCACGGUUUUAAUAGCAUCAGCUGUUACUGUAUGGCAAGGUUCUAUAUUUACAAAAAAUUCCGCGUCUAAUCAACCGCAACUUUCGGGACUUAAUGCCUCUCGUAAAUUAGCCCUUAAGAAAUUCCCCUUAGGAAAUUCCGAUGUCAAUACGGUUAGUCGCGCGAUUAAACAAAGUUUUUCUACUUUCCUUUGUCUAUGCAUGGCUGCUGCUGAUUUUGGAUGGCUGCCGUGGACGAAACAACACUUAAAGAAAUUUCCAGCCUGGGCAAUUUAGCUUUCGAUGUAUUUGCUGACGGAGAAAAAUGACACAAGAAACUCCAAUGGAUAUUAAACUGUUAAUUGUCGUGGGAGGGAUUCAAACACUGUGCGGGAUCGCCAUUUUCAUUACUGAUAUGACAUGUAUUGGAUUAUUCGGAUAUCCGAUAACCGUCUUCCUCGGCACCGUUUUCGGCCUUUUCUACAUGACCACUGGAUGUGUGGGCGUGGCCAGCGGAUUCAGCGCGCGGGACUACCAUCCCUCCAGGCGGCGUUUCGCUAUAACCGCGCUGGUCUUAACCAUUAUCGCCAGCCUGACCGCCUUCCCGUUGCUGCUGUUCUGCGCCGCGCUUUUAGCGGGUUUCAGCAGCGCGGAUGCCUUCCACCCCGAUGAUACGGCAUUUCUCGGCGUUCUGCUGGCUGACCUGAUUUUCUUCUUCAUAAUGUUCAUCAGCUGCAUCGUCAUGUGUGUCGGGAUUGCGCGCGUCAUGUCGCAGCUGCGGACCAAUCGGAUGGAGCCGCGGAUGACGCACGUCGUGACGCGCGAGUCCAUUGUACAGUGAAGCUGCUGCCAGCGUUGGUUUUGUGAUCCUGUCGUUGAUCUUUAAUUGCGUUCGUUAUCUUCAGGUGUUCGUGUUUUAUUAUUGAUUGUGACGCCGUUUUCUUACAGCUCCGGGCAGCGGUUAAUUGGUUAGCUUGCAACGCAUACGUUAUGCUAAGCUUGGUUUUUUAUUCUUUCUUGCAAUACUCCCUACAAAAACCGCUGCCUCAUAAUGUUGGUACAAGUACAAAAACUGUAAUAAACAAAACCUAUACCUGUUUAUUUAGACGA